GCGGUGGAGGCGUGGUUGCCGGGGUGACGGCGGGAUGGGGAAAGAGCAGGAGCUGCUAGAAGCCGCUCGUACCGGAAACCGGGCAGUGAUAGAGAGAUUGCUAGGGGGUAAGAGAUUAAGUGGAGCCGGUCAAGGUGGAUCUUCAGGAGGCGGGCCUGGGGCGAGUGGAGGAGUGUCUGUUAGUCACCCACUAAGUAGUCUGCUCAGCAUUUGGCGUGGACCCAAUGUGAAUUGUGUUGACAGCUCAGGAUACACUCCUUUACACCAUGCCGCUUUAAAUGGUCACAGGGAAUUGGUAGAAGUUCUGUUGAGGUAUGAAGCUGUAACAAAUAUCGCAGAUUGUAAAGGAUGUUUUCCAUUGCAUCUAGCUGCAUGGAAAGGAGAUGCCCAUAUUGUGCGACAACUCAUUCAUCAUGGACCUUCACAUGCUAAAGUUAACGAGCAGAAUAAUGAUAAUGAGACAGCCCUGCACUGUGCUUCACAAUAUGGACACACUGAGGUGGUUCACGUUUUGCUGGAGGAAUUGACUGAUCCUACAAUGCGAAACCACAAGAUGGAGACACCACUUGAUUUGGCAGCGCUGUAUGGGCGUUUGGAAGUAGUGAAGCUCCUUCUGAAUGCACACCCUAACUUACUGAGCUGCCACACACGGAAGCACACCCCUCUUCAUCUGGCAGCUCGCAAUGGGCACCGAACCGUUGUCAGAGUAUUGCUGGAUGCAUCUAUGGAUAUCAACUAUACGACAGAAAAAGGAAGUGCAUUACAUGAAGCUGCUUUAUUUGGGAAGGCUGAUGUAGUUCAGAUGCUUCUAGAUGCAGGAAUUGAUGUCAACAUAACAGACAGCAAAGGAAUGACUGCACUAGACAUUGUCCAGGAGUUGCCGUCUCAGAAGAGCCAGCAGAUAGCUUCACUUAUACAGGGUCACAAGUCAGUGAGGACAGCAGCAAGAGAGACAGAACUGAAACCUGCACCAUUGCCUAGUAGAUCUAUGUGCACUGAUUCUCAAGGGGGGAGUAUGCAAAGACAAUUGCUGGAUAUGCGUUUGGAUUUAGACAGCAUAUCGCAGUUGGAAUCCCCUUAUGAAGCACUAUACAAUGCCUCUUCUUGUCAAUCUUUGGAUAGUAUAUGUAGCGGGCACUCCUCUGACAGGGAUUCCCUAUGCCAUGAAAAUCCAAAAAUGCGACAUAAGGAAAGGCCACCUCCACCUGCUAAACCUCCACCAGAAGAUGAAGAAGAGUUACAGAGAAAAUGGAGUGUAGGUGCUUUUCGGGAAGUCAAUAGUAAUAUACACGUUAGUCGGGAGGAAGAGAAUCCCUAUGAGCUGCUACUGACUGCUGAGACCAAGAGGCCAGAUCAGCAAGGUUUGCUGUACUUGCAAGCAGAUGGUGUUAACGCUCAACCUCAGGUUCGAGCACGACUGUCAACAAUGUUACAACAUCCACAUUGCCCUGCAAACUGUCGCGGUUCUUCUGAUUUGUCCAGUGGCCAUUCUGAAGGAGAGUCACAUGGCUAUGAAAGGCUGAACAGUGGGCAACGGAGGAACAGUUCAGGGGGUUGGAGUUUAGCCUCAGGUGACAGUUCUGAUUCCCACAUGCUUCAGCACUUCUCUGGACUUCUACAUGGUUCUUCUCCAGUUUGUGAAGUUCGAGAUCCUCCAGUUCCUUGUGAACCUUCUUACACAGACAGUGGAAACAACGGUGCUGCCUCACACAUGGAGUUGCCUCUUCGUCGCAGCUUGUCCAAAUCUGAUUCAGACCUGUUAACGUGUUCCCCCCCAGCAGCUGGUGAUGGAGAAGACUGGAACCGCAGCGAGUCUUUCAGCAAUUGUGCUGCUGGGAGCAGCAAGAAAAGACUAGAGAAGUCUCCUUCCUUCACAUCUGAGUGGGAUGAGAUUGAUAAGAUAAUGAACUCAAUUGGGAAGGGCAUAGAAUUCUCUCAGGAGCUACAGGUCAUGGCAGGGUCUCGUAUGCCUUGUCAGAGUGUAGCCCAGUGGUUGCAGUCUCUGGAUCUUCCUCAGUAUGAGAGUAAAUUUGUGUUGAAUGGUUUCGAUGAUGUCCGUUUUUUGACAGAUAAAAUAAUGGAAGAUCAGGACCUGAUAGACAUUGGGAUUCUGGACUUACAACAUCGUCGACAGAUUCUUCAAGCAGCUCAUUCUCUACCAAAUCCAUUCCCACUUUCAUGGGAGAUGUCUGUAGCCUCAUGGCUGUAUUCACUGUCCCUGCAGCAGUAUGCUUCCAGCUUUCUUAGCAGUGGUUAUACCUCUAUGGAAACGCUACACAAUUUGUGGGAACUAGAGAUUGUAAAUGUAUUGAAAGUAAAUUUAUUGGGUCAUCGAAAAAGAAUAUUGGCAUCACUGGCAGAGAGACCAUGUGAGGAUCCUCCACAGAAACCACCUCGAUUCUCUCAUUUACGGUGUCACGAUGUCCUCCCACAUUCUAUGCCUUCCAUUCCAUUUGGAGAUCGCAAUACUGGGUUUGAUUCCAGAAAAAGUAGAUCAGAUGGAUCAGAAAGCAGAGAGCACCAUAAGGUGCUAACAUCUGUAAAGGAAGAAACUAAGUUAACUUUCCGUCCUCCCAGUUUGGCUACUUCAUAUUCUCCCUUACAAAACUGGCAGCACCAACCAGAGAAGUUGAUAUUUGAGUCAUGUGGUUAUGAAGCCAGUUAUUUGGGAUCUAUGCUAAUUAAAGAUCUACGAGGGACAGAAUCCACACAAGAUGCGUGUGCUAAAAUGAGGAAGUCCACAGAACAUAUGAAGAAAAUUCCAAGGAUUACCCUUUCCAUAAGCUACAAAGGUGUGAAGUUCAUUGAUGCUUCAAAUCAGAAUGUAAUUGCAGAACAUGAGAUCCGGAACAUAUCUUGUGCCGCCCAAGAUCCUGAAGACCUUUGUACUUUUGCUUACAUCACAAAAGAUCUGCAGACCAGCCAUCAUUACUGCCAUGUUUUCGGCACUGCUGUUGUGAACCAGGCCUAUGAAAUAAUUCUUACUCUAGGUCAGGCAUUUGAGGUUGCAUAUCAACUGGCUAUACAGGCACAGAAAUCCCGUCAUCCUGAAGCAGUAGUCUCUCGACCCUCAAAACCGAUUCCUAAACCUCGUGGCAGUAUAAAGCGACAGAAUUUAUAUCAUGGUCGAUGGCCGAAGGUUGCGUGAAAUGAGCAUGGACUUGCGCAGUCACCCCAGCUACAAUGCCCGAACUCCACUAUAAGUCGAUUACCAGUGUCAACAAUACAUCGCCUGCAGUGCUACAUAAUUACAGUCUCCUGUGUAUGGAUGGGUUGAGGAGAUCCCUCAUUGUUACGAGGUCUAUGGGAUGGAUAAGAUAUGGGGAAGCUGCUACCGCGGUCUUAGCCAUGUGAUGUCCCCUAUAUAUGUGUCAACCGGUGGUGCCUGACGGCGCUUAGAUUUGGACACAGCAGACCAAAAAGUAACGAUUUGUCUGUGGUGUGUAUGCACAGUACAUUGGUUAAUGGUUGGCACAGGCCAUGACACGGUUGCUUAUGCGUCUGACCUGCCUUUACCUUCUCCAAUAUGGUGGAUUGUGCAGGAGUACUGUGCGCUUGUGAAUUAUCACGAGGCUUUGUGAUGACACUUAUAGAACGCGAAUAUCUAGCCAUGCGUUUACUGUGUAUUUCGGAUGACACAAAUGCGUCCGGGUCUUGGCGCUUGCGCACUUGAUCGCACGCGUGUUGGUCCGUCGAAUGACUCAUUCAACGGGCGCACGUGCAUCCGAGAUUCUUAGACACUGAAUUUGGCAAUGGAGUCACAUCGGGUAUUGGUAAGGUGUUUGAUUGUAUGCAUGCAUCCGUGUCCAUAGUCAUGUGACCUGACCACUCCCCAUGAUGAAUGUGUGGUAAUAGCUCCUUAUUUUAACCAAUUGUUUCCUGGGUCAUUGCACAAGUGCACUUUAUACACAUGAAUUUUGCAUUUAUUUAGAUAAUGUAUUAUGAUAUGCAAUCGAAUCACGGCUCUAUUUUAUGUCUAAGCACUGUGUUCACCUGAUCUAUAUAUGUAUACACAUGUAUCAUUAUUAUUAUUUUUAUUAUCACUUGUACAGGCACAGAUUAAUGCUAAUUAUGUUUGAUGUCACUUCCUCACACUAUAAGUAUGUUCAGUUUGCUUUGUUACAUUGCUUGAGAAAGGCUUUAUGUUGGAGCCGAAACGUCGCUUCACCACUGGGUGAAUAAACAGCUUUCUUUUUUUCACCA